AUGCAAUAUUUUAUAAUAUUUUUUAUGUUUCUCAAAGUAACUGUAUGUGCGCAUGUGGGUAGCAGUUUAUUCCACAAUCAACUCACCAAAAUCUCAAAGUUCGAUUGUUGGAAUGAACGUGAUUUGGCCAAAUUAAGGGCUCGAAAGGUAUUCGAAGAAAUGAUACCGCCCAAUGUGGUUCCUGCCAAAAUAACCCAAAAAUACACUAAGAAUAUUCUUAGAUACUUCCGAAGAGCGUUUAAUUUGGUAAACAAGGCUGCGGAUACACAAACUAGCUUCAUACUUAAAGAAGCCCUUGCAGACAGUAUAGGUGCACACAUGAGAAGUGAAAUACUUCCCGCAGCUAGAUUUGCUUAUUAUGCUGGUUUCCUUCCAUACAGGAGAGUUCGCGAUCUACACAACUAUUAUGACAACAUUAAACUUUUUUUAAACACACAAGGAUUAGGUUGGAGAAAACCUAAUAAAGUCCCUGUAUGGAGUAAUCUUACUGUUGAAAAAAUCCAAAUAGGCUCUGGUCAAAUUUUCGACCCUUGUGUACUGUUGGUCAGUAAAAGAGAUACCAAUUCUUGCAUACACGUCCCACCUCCAAAAAUGGACGACCACUGUGAGCCUACAGCCGUGGCACUUCCGGUUAAAACUAACUCCCUACUUAGUUUGACAUCACCAAAAUCAGAAAACGCGGUAUUAAAAUAUUACACCGCAGCAUCACGAUGUCUCCUUAAACGUUCUCCUAAAGGUUGUCGCCACGCUGAUUUUGUCAGUUAUAAUAAUGAAAUUUGGCACUGGGUGAAAAGGGACGUUGCUCCGCAUCUAAUGGAUGAGAAAUUAUAUGCGGCCUAUGGUGGCAUAUUGAGGGUGGCUGCCGCUGCUCAAAGUUAUGGAAAAGGUAUUUCGAGACGCAAUUUGUUUACAUUCCAAGAGGCAGGUGUAUCAAAAUGGCAACCAUGGAAAGCAUUAAAAAACUCUUAUGUUUAUAUAAACGCUGACUGGACUCCAUACUGUUGCGUGGUAGGCAUUCUACUUAUAGGACUAGCAGUAUGUGUUAUACAAAUACUUUAUAGUUACCUUUUCGGUGACGAUGAUGGUUGUCAUUGUAGAGGUCGUCCCAAGAGCUCAACUGACUCCAAAGAUGUGGAAUACGCUAAAGUAGACUCAAACAUACCAGCCAUGCUUCCGCCACACAAAAAUAUCUUCUAUACUAUGGACCGUGCAAAACAUGCCAGCGUGUCUUCCAAAGUAAAAACCUCGUCAUUGAGUUCAGCUAAGACACAAAGGGUAUAUGAUUUGAAUGAGAACAAAGAAAAAAUGAUGGAUAUAAUUAUGAGCGAAAGCAGUGAUACGAGCGUGGAAUCAGCAGAUAAAAAUGAUGAUAGCGACAAUGUGAUCGAUGUUGGCUGUGUUGGUCGAUCAAAGAGUCCUCCAAAAAUAGAAACUUCGGUAGACGAAGUGAAAAUUUGCAAGGGGAGUGCUCGCCGUCCUGAGUAUUCGACCUCGGCCACUAGAUCAGGAAUUACAUAUCAGGAUCAAGCAACAGAAUCGGUGUGGUCUGGAUCUGAAAGAUCUUCUUCAGAUACCAUUACAACAGAUAGUUCAAAAUCAAGAUGCAGGAGGUCUAAAAGUUCUAGAGAUUUAGCAUGGGCUAGACGAGUUAUAUCUAAACAUUCCCUUACGAAAACUACAUCAGCUACCACCUUAGAUUGCCACUCGUUUACAACGCCACCUUCGCGGCGGUAA